UAACUUUACUUGAAAACUUACACACAACAGACGACCGACCGUUUUUCGAACGACGUCAAAAAAUAUAACAACAUCGACGACUACAACCUCGACUACGAGACAAAGUAUUCAAAAAUUUUUAUUGUAGAUUUUUGAGUAUAUAUCGCAAAAGAAAAGUAAACGAGCAAAAAAAAAAAAACGUAAUAAAAAAAUACAACAAAAUAACACUAUUUGACUCGAUUUCUUGUGUCUAUAAUUUUUAUAUAUAUAAUUCAAUUUUUUUUAUCUGGUUAUACUGUUCUUUAAUAUUUUUUUAUGUUGGUGUGUGUACUUUUCAAUGUUUCUGUGUAUCUUCUACUUCAUUGUACAAUUUUCAUCGUUUUCAUCGUCAUCAGCAGGAAUAAAAAUUUUAUGCUGGUAAAAAAAUAAGAGUUUUUUUUAUAUAGAAACAAAAAAAUAAUCAAAUAAAAUGUAAACCUUAUAAAAAAAUAAAAAUGAUUUUAAGAAGCUCAUAAAAGUAAAAAAUGCAAAAGUAAAACACAAAAAGUAUAAAAAAAUAAAACGUAAGCAAAGAAAGCCAGGAGCAAGCAGCAGUUUUAUGGCCAUAAAGGAUAAUUUUGCAACUAACGAAUCUCAGUACAGCACGAAAAAACGGUUUAAACUCUACAAACAUCAGGCUAGCUUCAGUAACGAAACGAAAGCAUUAGAAUCUGUAAAUAAAAUCGUUAAAAGUUCAGCAUAAAUAACCAAAAAAAAAAAUUGCAAAAAAGUUAAAUUUACAUAAAAUUAAAAAAAUCAAUAAAUUCCCUCAAAAAAAAAAAUUACAAAAAUCCCUUUAAAUUUCAAAUAAAACAAAAAAUUAUUGCCAAAAAAAGUGCGUGUUCCGUGUAAAUAAACAUUUAACGUUCGUUUGUAUCCAGCAAAAACCCAUUUAUUUAUUGUUCUAUUCAAACAGGCCUGGGAGUGCGUAAAAUACGCGUGUGUGUAAGUGCGUGUGUGUGUAUAAGAGCUAUGCAUGGCCAUGUCUGCAUUACUAUAUUUGUGUAUGUGUGUAAUGAGCCAUUAAAGUGCAAUAAUUUAUAGUCAAAACCCUCCCCUUUACUUUAAACAACAACGUUUUUAAUUUCAAAAUACAAGAAAAUAUUAAAAAAAAAAUAUUUAAAAAAAAGCAUUUAAAAUUUUGUUUAAAAAAAUAUAAAUGUCUCAAAAAUAAUGGUGCUAAUUUUAUGGUGCAUUUAAAAGUUUUAAAUAAAAGAAGAAAAAAUAUAUUCUAACAGAUAAAAAAAAUCAACGAAAUUUAAAAGCCGUCGGUAAUUUGUAAGCUUUUUUUUGCAUUGCAAAUUAUUGAAUUUUUUAUUCCACUCAAUUUUUGUUUUGCAUAAAUGUAGUUGUUUUACAAAUGGAUACCUGUCUCACUUUAAAAAACAGAUUUUGCAGAAGUGUUUAAAAAGCUUCAGUUCAAAGUCCUAAAUGCCUGUUGCUUUCCAUUGUUUAAAAAAUGUGUUCAAUUUUUCGCAAUCGCAUUAAUUACCGUGGAACACCUAGUAGCAACUCUCCGGGUAGUCCACCAAUAUUAACCAAAGAUUUAGAAGCCGACAGUAAUAAUAACGAUAAUGAUAACAAUAACAUAAUGUCUAGAAAAACUGAAAGUCCCCAAGAAACCAGGGAAAGCAAUAGCAAAUCACCAGCAGUAGAUCAUUCAAAUAAUGAUGGUGUUGAAGAUCAUACAGAUGAUAUCGAGGAGAGUGAAAGAAUCGAUCCUAAAGAGGAUGAUGAAACGGAUAGGGAUGUAACGAUAGAAAAACAACAUAAAGAUGAAGCUCUGGAUUUGUCUGUGUUACCUAAUGGUUUACCCAUCAAGGGUCAUGUUUCCCUGGAAGCUUUGCAGCACACCAAAGUAGCGGUAGCUCAAUUUGCCGCUUCAGCUUUAGCCCAGACGCCCUAUUUUGGUGAGGGAUCCAAUGAUUUGACAACCAUAUUAAAUGUACAACGUCAGCAUUUAAUGCAGUUGCAAUUUAUACAGCAUUUACAAAGUCAAUUGAAAAGAAGAGAUCAGGUGAGAGAAUGUACAGAAGAUGAUGAGGGUCACGAAGAUGAUGAAGAACAGGAGAGGGAAGAUAUUGUGGAAGACAUGGAGGAAGAGGCGGAUGAAGAAGGCUUGAAUGAGGAAUAUCUACAGCAGGAAGAACUAGAUUUAAGUCAAAGUAAAACAGGACUAAGAGAAAAUAUCGAGGAUGAAAAGAAAAAUGGUUUAGAGUCUAAUAAAUUUUUAAGAACAGAGAAACUAAAGACUGAUGAUAAUGUUUUAAGUAAAAGUCCCAAAGAAUCAGUGGAUAAAGUGCAAUCGCCAAAUUAUCAGCCCUUAUUAAGUGGCAUCAGUUCUUCGUUAGCUUCUACCAUAAUAACCAAUCAUGAUCCCAUACCCCCGCCUCACGAGCCCAAUUGUUUAGAAAUGUUGCAGAGACGUACCGAAGAAGUAUUGGAUUCGGCUUCUCAAAGUCUACAUGCCUCCCAAAUGCAGGAGGAAUAUGAGUACAUACAGAAAGAUGGCCAGGGACGGGGAGAGAUAUUUAAGCAUCGUUGUAAAUAUUGUGGGAAAAUAUUUGGUUCAUUUUCAGCCCUGCAAAUACAUUUGAGAUCACAUACAGGUGAAAGACCUUUUGUGUGCAAUGUAUGUGGUAGUAAAUUUACUACCAAAGGUAACCUAAAGGUUCAUUAUCAAAGACAUACCCAAAUAUACCCGCCCAUUUUAAUGCCUCCAGGUGUAGGGCCACCUUUAGAGAUGCCACCACAUAUGAGAGAGCCUUUGGGGCCACAAGCUCAGCAUCAGCAUGCUCAUCAUCAACCAACACCUCUGCCACCUCCUCCUUCCUCAGCUUCAGCUAUGAGUAGUUUGAAUAACAUGCCCUUGCGUUUGCCCUUUAAUGAAAAGCCUUUAACGAAAGAAACAGAAGAUGAGAAUGAAAUUCCUAUCAAUACCAAAGAAUGUGAAAUUAGUAUAGAGGACCCUGAAAAAGAGAUAAUUGCAGAGGUCCCAAAACCUAUAGAAGAACACCCCGAAGAUUUGAGUAAGCCACAAACAAAAGACGAAGAACCAAAACCCAAACCGUUGGUUAGAGUAAAAACUCCACAAGCUUUAAUGGAACCAGCAGUAGAAUUGCCAAAUGAUAAGCCCGAAAGACCGGCCACAUCAGUGACCCCCAAACGUUCUACUUCCCAAAGAAAACGUAGCUCUACAGCCGGCACCCCACCGCAGGAGCUGAGAAAGAUUUGCAUGGAUAAUGAUAUACCAGAACAUCAUUUAUCUAAACUUUAUAGAAGAUCAUCGCUAAGUCGUAAUAGCAGCAUGGAACAUUUGUCGGGAGACUUUUGUCAAGUAGAGCAGUUCGUUGACAAAUCAUGGGAAGAUCUGAUAGAAAUUGAUACCACAUCAGAGACUUCGAAACUGCAGCAAUUGGUUGAUAAUAUCGAAAAUAAGUUAACAGAUCCUAAUCAAUGUAUAUUUUGUCAAAAAGUCAUGUCUUGUCGUAGCUCACUACAAAUGCAUAUAAGAACACAUACUGGUGAGAGACCGUUUAGAUGUAAAAUCUGUGGUCGGGCUUUUGCUACAAAGGGAAAUUUGAAGGCUCAUAUGAGUAUACAUAAGAUAAAGCCGCCCAUGCGUUCUCAAUUUAAAUGCCCAGUAUGUCAUCAAAAGUUCUCCAAUGGCAUUAUACUACAACAACACAUACGCAUACAUACCAUAGAUGAUGGCUCGGGUGGUUGUGGUUCCCAGUUGCCUGGACAAUCUAGUGAAAUGGCUGCUGCUAUAGCUGAACACAACAAUAGAAUGCGUGCUCACAUGGAGGCAGCCAUAUUGGAAGAUCAAAAUUCCAAUAAAUCGUUAGGAGCUUCAGAAAAUUUUGACUUUUCAACCACUUCUGAAUAUUCGGGUCAAAGGUCAGAAUCAUCACAAGGAGAUUUUGAUGAAUAUAUGACCAUGGAGAGUACGGAUGAUUCGAGAGAGAACUCAACUUCUGUAACACCUUUGGAAAAAAGAAUCUCCGAAGAUGGUGAAGAUAAAGUAGAACAAGAUAUGGAACGCUCAGAAUCGGUGCGUUCAGAGGCAAUAGAUCUGACAGCACGCAAUGGUUCGCAACAGACGCAUAAAGCUUUAGAUCACUUACCCCAUUUAAUGGGUAUGCCUCAUAAUCUUUGGUUAAUGGCGGCUGCCAGAGAGGAAAUACAAAAUUUAGGAAAUCAUGGUAAAUUUCCAUUGUUACCAUUUGGACCUCUAGGAUUUAUGGGUUUACCACCUCAAGCCCAUAUCUGCCAAUUGUGCUUUAAAUUAUUUCCGAGUCCCUCGGCAUUGGAGACACAUUUUCAAAAUGAUCAUACCAAAGAUGCUGCUACUGCUGAUGUUGCAGCUGCAGUACCAACAUCAUCGUCAUCCUCAAUACCAUUGGCAAGCAACACAUCGACAACGACUACAUCCGCUACGAUUGCUAAUGAUGGCAGUGCUACAGAUUCCUCGACAAUUGAGAAUUUCGAUAAAAAUUGUGAUACAAUAGCAGAGACAUCGGGUUCAAUAGCCUUCAAUAAUAAGCUUUCUUUGAAUCCAAAUUUAUUCCAUAAAUUUCAAACACCCUCCGAGGAAGAUCAGAAUUCCCGCAAAACUCCGUUUGAGCGCAGAAGCAGCAAUAGCAAUGAAGAUUGUCGUGAACAGCAAAGUAAAUUGCAAGAUUUGGAACCGCUUAAGAAUCACAUCAAAUCUGAACCUUUUAUGGAUGGCGAAGAACCAGCUGCUAAAUCUCCCCAAAUGAUAGACGACAUGGACGAUGAGGAUGAUGUAUUUCGAAAUUCCUCAACACCCCCAUCGGUUUAUGCAUCCCAUUCGUCUCUGCUAAGUCAUCCUCAAGCGGAUAAUUCGGAACAUUCUCUGAUGAAAAUGCAAAUGCAAGCUCAUCGUUUUCCAGCCACCCCACUCGAUUUUCAACAGGCCCUGAUGUCUGUGGGACCUCCAACAUCUAGCCUAGAUCCUCCUGUCAAUAAUAAACAUUUCUGUCAUAUAUGUCGGCGUAACUUUAGUUCUAGUUCGGCGCUGCAGAUACAUAUGCGCACUCAUACGGGUGAUAAACCGUUUCAGUGUAAUGUGUGUCAGAAAGCUUUUACUACCAAAGGAAAUUUAAAGGUUCAUAUGGGCACUCAUAUGUGGUCGAAUCCCACCUCCCGUAGGGGCCGACGAAUGUCUUUGGAAUUGCCCAUCCAUAGACCGGGCGGAAGUUUGGCUUCUGAAUCCGAUUUUUUACCCAGACGGCCGGAUAUAUUUUUUCCAUAUCUACCGCCAUUCUUCAAUGGCUUGCCACCAAAGCCUGGAGAUUUAAAUUCGACGCCACCCUUUCCACCCCACAUUACGCCUCAACAUUUAGCCAAUGGCUCUGCCGGACCUCCCAAAUACCCACCAGGUUUACCCAUGGGAUUUCCACCAUUUCUCCAACCUCCCUACAGCUUUAAUCCAAUGCUAAAUCAAUCAUCAACAUCCUCUUCAUCAUUAGAACGACAAACGAAUGCAAAAACUCCUCUCAGUACAGAACGAGAGGAAGAAGAACCAAAGAAUACAACACAUUCAUCGCCUAAACAACACCAUCAACACAGCACACACAUGACAGCUGACAAAGAAGAUUCCCCACCGAUUUCAUCGGCCUGGAAUCCCAUGAUAAAAAUUAAAACUGAAAACAAUCAAAAUGAUAUUAAUCAUCUUGUAGAUCAUAAUGCAGAGUGUAGUAAUCAAGAUUAGUUUAGAAACGACUAAAUAAAAACAACAAUUAAUUUAAUAAUAAUUAUAUAUAAGUACUUAUAUAAGUACUUAGAUAAGUAGUAACGAAUCAAAUUGCAAAACGAUAUUUGUGUAAGAAGACAGGCAGAUUAUAUAGUAACAGUAAAGGUAAAUGAAAUAUUAUAUAAAUAAUAUAAAAAAAUAUGAUUGAAAAUCAUGGUUUUUAAGGAGUACAUAUCUUAAAGCAUAAAUUAAAAAAAAAAAUCUUAUUAUACGUUAGGCUUAAAAUAUUGUCUAAAUAAAAAAAUAUUUAUUUCGAAACAAAAAAUAAAAUUGAAAAAAAGUGUCUGCAUUCUUAAGGCAUUUAAAAAUGCAUUAUUUUAUUUAUUUUCUGAAAAGAAUUUAAUUUUUAAUUCUUUAUUUAAAAUUUUGUAGCUUUUAAGCUGUAAAAAGUUCAAGUAGUUUGUAAAAGAUCCUUUAAUAGUAUCCCUAUGAUUUCUAAAAUUAAAAGAUAUGAUAAACAGUUGUAGUUAUACUUAUUAUAUAAUUAAUAUAAAUAUUAUA